AUGAGCACAACCAAAAGUGAAACUCCAUCUGAAGAAAAGAAAGGUGGCAGAAUGAAAAGGCACUCAGAGAAGACAGAAGAAGAAGAAGAAGAAGAAGUAAAACCCUCAAAGAAGAAAGAGCAAAGCCACAAGCAGCACCACCACCACUCAAUUUCAAAACCUCCUUCAGCUCCAACCCUUCAAGACUCGUUCAACAACUCUCACAGCAACCACUCUUUCAGCGACGGUGACCUUCAGAUGGUGGUGGCUAACCACUCUCAGUCCAUGAGUGAUGAUGCCAUCAAGGUCGUGAAGGAGGCAGUGAGUAAGAGUAGCAAGAGUGUGGCAGUGAUGGCUGUGGAAAAAGUUGAAGAAGGGGCACGUGAUGCUGUUGCUGAUGAUGAUGGAGUGUCCAAGAAAGUGAGUAAGUGGUACAUUGUUCUUCUCAGUCUGAGAAUUGCUGCUUUUGUGUUCUGCAAGUUAGCAUUCUCUGUGUUGGCUUCUGAUAGAAGGAAAAAAGUGCAUCAAGCACCAUCAAGAAGAUGGAAUGAAUCACCGCCAGACACGUGGUAUACUUUUACCUAUGCAACACCAUUAUUAGACUCUGAUGAAUUACAUUGGUAUCAGUUUCAGGAAUUCAAGUUCUGUUUAUCAGUGACUGUGAUAGGAUUUGUGUAUUCUGCAUUACAAAUAUUUGAUCUUGGAAAGUACUUCGUCACAAAACGACACACAAUCAAUCCCAAACUACGUGGUUACCUCAACUUUGCUAUUGAUCAGGUCAUGGCCUAUCUUCUAAUGUCGGCAUCAUCUUCAGCUGCGACCACAGCACAUUAUUGGACAAACGAAGUUCCAGAUGGAGACAAGUUCUUGGAAAUUGCGAAGGCAUCUAUUGCUUUAUCCUUCAUUGCGUUUGUGGCCUUUGCAUCUUCUUCUAUUGUUUCAGCUUUCAUCUUUUGCAGAUUCAACUAG